UAUUAUUUUACUCUAACGUGCUAGGCUAACAAGCGUUGUUGUGGAGACGCUUGUCACUGCUAUUCGUUUGUUAGUGAAAGUAUCAUCACGUAAGCACAUGAUGUCGGCAGCAACGGUGCCGUGGGGUCUGGAAGCGAGGGUCAUCAGUGGCGUCACUACGGUAAAGGACAUACAAAUACACGCUACUGACCCUAAACGCCAAUCGUCCUUGUUAAGCAUGAAGGAAAGUUUGCAAAGCUCUUGUGGCUCUAGGAACAAGCACGAGGCCCCGGGAGUCUCACCUGUCAGUAUCAGAAUAGCAAAACAACAACCUAGAAAGGAACGAAAUCACGUGAAUAAUGAGUUCAGUUCGAGCAACGUAGUCGACAAUUCAAGUGAAAGCUGCUCUGCCUCUAACGACAUAAAUCCUGCUACUGACGGGAUGAAGACGAAAAGAACUUCCCCAAAGCCUCCCGCCGAGCGGUUCGGGUCAAAGUCAGAGACGACAAGCGAUUGUUACCCAGAUAUGUCAGCUUAUAGAGAUUACCUAAAACCUCGUUACCAAGAUGGAGACGUGGUCUUGGAAGUUGAAUGUGGUGGGAACAAUGGUCAGCUCUAUCUAUCCAAGCUGUGCCAAGGGUCUAAAGGACCGUGUAUUUGGUUCCGGGAUAUGUGGCUCACACCGAAUGAAUUCCAAUACGUUAGUGGGCGAGAGACGGCCAAAGAUUGGAAACGAAGCAUAAGACACGAUGGAAAAAGUAUGAAACUCUUGUUGUCGAAAGGCAUCUUAGCUGUCCACCCACCGACUUGUGAUUGUAAAGGAUGCCGGAUUAGUUCCCCAGUGAUAACCUUGUUUCGGGAAACAAGGGUUAAUUCACUAGGAUUAAACUUUGUGUUUCAAGCCAAGAGACCAAUGGACACGUUUCAGAAGUUUCAAGCCAAGAGACUAAUGGACAUGUUUGAAAAUAGUUGA